GUAUUUAUUUCAAGGUGAUUUCUUUGCCGAAUUCAUUGUGCAUUGUUUUAUUUUUCCAUUUUUGGCAAAUGUUUUCUUUGUUUUCUAGACAGACUGUUUUGUUAUUUCCUCCUAUGCUUGGUCAAUGGCCCACAGAGGGUAGCGCAAUUCCUAUAGUAAAAUAGCUAUUUAAAUUUUUGUUUCGCUAUAGAUUUUUAUUUUUUUUACGUCAGAGAAGAUAAUUAUCGCGUAAUUAUUUUCCUGUUAUUUUUCUUUCUUCAUCUCCGUCCACUCUUCAUUUCACUUAAAAUAAUUCACUCUCCGAAUUCGUUUUUGAAUCGGUUAUCUAUUGCUCGUUUUUUUAACCUCAUGACUGAUUCAAUUUGAGAACAUGGAACUGCUCGAGCGAGGUCUCUUACUGCAUUAUGGCAUCCUCUUUUAUAUAUUUCAUUUCAUCGCUGAAGUACUUCCUUGCCUCCCGUUUUUCUGCAGCCGGCCCCCGAUUGCGGGUACGUGCCAUAGCCCAAGACCGUCAUCAUCAAGCCAAACAACAAUGGCGCCAACGACGAGGAAAAGCCUCCUGACAUGGUCCCGGUGCUGCGCAGGCCCGAGACUUCCGAUUACGUCUUUUUUCUCCAAACACAGAACGUUUACUUUUAAAAUUCAAUGCUCAAAUUGUGAACUCUCUUGUUAUUAUUAUUAUUUCUUUGUGCACCUAAUUUACCCACCCGAUGCAUGGCCAAUCCCCCACUGUGGGUACGUGCCAUGGCCACUCAGGACAACAACAACAACAACGGCGACCACGCAGCCGCCGCCAGGGCCGGGCAUGGCCGUCGCCCAACGGGGCGCCGCCAGCGGCGGCCUCUCGACGAGCCACCUGCCGUCGUCGUCGAGCACGUGGGACCCCCUGUGCUCCUCGCACGAGGAGCCCACGCCGCAGUGCCUGCUGAGGGCCCGGCGCGACAUCAUGGACAUCUUCGCCGCGCCCCCCGCCGGCGUGUUCAUCGCGCCGGAGGAGAACGACAUCACCCGCAUCGAGGCCCUGAUCGUGGGGCCCCCGGAGACCCCGUACGAGGGCGGCUUCUUCCACUUCCUCGUCAAGUGCCCGCCCGAGUACCCGAACGAGCCACCGAGAGUACGCCUCAUGACCGCUGGCGGCGCGCAGGUCAGCCUGAACCCCAACUUUCACCCAGACGGCAAGGUCUGCCUCAGCAUCCUGGGAACCUGGCCCGGACCGGCCUGGACGCCCGCGCUCUCCAUCAAGAGCGUCCUGGUGUCCAUCCAGUCGAUCAUGUCCGAGAACCCGUACUACAACCACCCGCAGUUCUGCGUGGAGCGGACGCCGGGCGACGUGAGCCGCUACGGCGCCAUCAUUCAGCACGAGACCAUCCGGGUCGCGGUGUGCGACGCCGUGCAGGCGUGCCUCGACGACGACGACGGCAUCUGUCCACCGUGCCCGCCACCGCCUCCCGCUCUGAGGGAGGUGGUGUUCAAGACGUUCGCUGAGUCGUACGACAGGUACGAAGCCGCGGUGAAGUUGCGCCUGGAGAUGACCGGUAGGCCAAUGAACGAUCCGUUCGGCAUCGCAAGGGGUCGGUACGGCUACAAGACGCUGCUGUCGAGACUGAGGGACUUGAAGGAGAGGGUCCGACGAAGGAACGAAAUUUCCGCCCAGAAAAGCGACCAAGCGACGCGUUGCAAGACUCCCUGCUAACCACGAUUCCUAUGGGAGUGGGGCUCGCUAAAAACGAUUAAAUGAGGCGCCUAAUAAAAAACGUGAAGCC